AUGGGUCCUCUAGUAAGGAUUGCAGGACUAUUGGUCCUUCAGCUCAUAGCUAUUCUGACGUUUUCAGCGGGGUUUUUCCCCCAGAAAACGUUCUUAAAAGGCGAUGCCCAGUUUUUACAUCUUCCAGAAGAGCAACAGGACAUACAACCGCGGUUUGAAAAGCUUGUGCUUGUUGUAAUCGACGCUUUAAGAUCUGACUAUCUUUUCCAAGAUGAGAUGAGUCAAUUCAGCUUCGUGCAUUCCCUAUUAAAUAAGGGCGAUGCCUGGGGCUAUACUGCAUAUUCUAAUCCUCCCACCGUGACACUUCCUAGAUUGAAAGGCAUAACCACAGGAUCAACGCCUAACUUUCUAGAUGCCAUAUUAAACGUCGCUGGGGAGGAUUCUUCGUCAAGCCUAGGAGAGCAGGACUCUCUGUUGCGACAAUUUCGUAUCAAGCAGAAAACCAUAGAUUUCUUUGGGGAUGAUACGUGGCUCAAGCUAUUUCCCCCAGACUUUUUUAACAUGGUCGAUGGGACCAAUUCUUUCUUUGUUAGCGAUUUUGAAGAAGUUGAUUAUAAUGUUACAAGACAUUUGCCGCAACAACUAGCGUCUCAGGAACUGUGGGAUGUUAUGAUUUUGCACUACUUGGGACUAGAUCAUAUUGGACAUAAAGGUGGAGCGUUCUCCAAAUUUAUGCGUCCUAAACACCGCGAAAUGGACACCGUCAUCGAACAGAUCUACAAUUCGGUAGAUGAAAAUACUUUGAUAUGCGUGAUGGGAGAUCAUGGAAUGAAUGACAUGGGAAACCAUGGCGGUUCAUCUGCAGGUGAAACUUCAUCGGGGAUGCUUUUCAUCUCCAAAAAACUAGCGGAGUUUACCAAACCAGAGGCUCAACAAAAUGAGCAUAUUCCUAUAAAAGCCAAAAACGAGGAUUACAAGUAUUUGACAAAAGUAAACCAAAUCGAUUUUGUGCCCACAAUAGCAACACUUUUCAAUUUCCCCAUACCCAAGAAUAGCAUCGGGGUCUUGAUUCCUGACUUUUUGCGCUUAUUUUCGUCGCACGAAGCUCACAUAAAAGUAAUGGAUAACUACCAGCAAAUUUCGAGUGUUUCUGGGCAGCCAUGCGAGGAAUUCGAAACCAUCGACGCUCACAUCAGCGCCAUGAGAGAAAUUCAGGCCCGUUUAGCGAAGACGGCGACGAAAUAUAAUUAUAAGCUGCUGGGCAUUGGUCUAAUAUUGCUUGUCUUCGCGACUUUGGGCGUCAGUAAACUGUGCUUGGAAACCUUACAUUUUUCUGCCUCACUAGUUAUUCUGGUUCUUGUGUGUCUUUUACUCAGUUUGAGCACGUUUGGGAGUAGUUUUGUGGAGGAAGAGCACCAAUUGUGGUGGUGGACUACAGUGGGGUUUGCACUGAUUUGUUUUGUGAAGGCACCGCGCAGAAUAGGUUCCAUUUUCGUGACACUAGGUGGCCUCAGGAUCAUUCGUGGAUGGAACAAUAGUGGUCAAAAAUACAUUUACGAGCAUACAAUUUCUGAGCUUCUUAAGAGUAACAGCGGAUGGCAAUGGGUUCUCAAUGUACUUACUCUCUUGGGUCCUAUUUUGAAGGUUCGCGAGCAAUCCGUGAUCUCUAUUGCAACGAUUGUCUCACUUUCAGCCAUGUGCCUGAUCUACAAGGCUUCGUGGAGUAUCGUGAAUGCCGAACGUGUACCGCUUCAGCUUCAACAGGCGGUAUUUCAAAUCAUUCCAGGCAUCGCGAACGAUCAAGACCCCACAGAGGCAGUUAAAGGUCAGCUUGUUAAAAUGGCCAGAAUGUUUUUCUCCCUGGCUUUUGCAGCAGUGUUCUUCGAAGUGAUGGCGCAUAGGAGAGACCGGCAGCGUCGCAGUGGUAAGGGAUUGCUCGAGAGAAUUCAUCCGAUUAUUACGCUGAUUUUGAUUUUCCAAACCUCGUCUGCAAACAUCCCACAAUUUCUGGUUUUCCAAAUUGUCGAGCCACAAAUAGAGCUGCUAUGGCGUCGCUUGUCGAGCUCCAACGCUACUGCCUUGAUGACUGUGGGACUGAUUCUUCAACACCUAACGUUUUUUCAAUUUGGAGGUACCAACUCGAUUGCCACAGUUAGUCUCACAAAUGCAUACAACGGAGUGUCCGAAAACUACAACAUCAACGUUGUGGGAUUCCUGAUGUGUUUGAGCAACUUUGCACCCUCGGUCUACUGGUCCUGCACAUGUUUGAAAAUGCUAUUGCAGUCGCAUCCAACUCUACAACAGAAAUGGCAAGUCUUCGCGAUUUCGCGUUUGCCUGCACUACUAUUUUACUGUGUGUUUGGCUGCUUUUUACUGGGAUCCUGUUUCAUCCAGCGAUACCAUUUGUUUAUUUGGAGUGUGUUCAGUCCCAAGCUGUGCUACUACGUGAGCUGGAACCUGUUCAUGGAUGUUAUGGUCGGAUGGGUUUUAGAGCCCAUUUUUAUAGCAAUGAGUUGA